UUUUUUAAUGAAACGAAGGAAAAACGCAGACGCGAAAAGUCCCUAGGUCCGUCUCUGUUGAUCAGUUCGCGAGUGACUUUCGUUGUGCCGGGAUUUUUAAUUUAAUGUCAGUUUAAAAUAAUUUUUAACCAAAAUUUUACAAUGCUAUACAACAGUUUUACAGUACCAAAUUAACUACUAAGUGAAGGAGUUUACGUUGCUAAUUAAGUUUUAAAAAUAUUCGUUCUCGUACGGAGCUAACCUGUGUGUGUUACUAUAACCUAAAAACAAAUUCAGUAAAUUGUUUAUCAUGUCUUUAUUAACACAUUUGGGACCCGUCAGUGAACAUUUGAGUAAGCUGAGGCAGCUAUUACCGAAAGGGUUUACCCUGUCAACGACCCAGAAGGUCAUAGUUGUCUCGGUGACUGCGAGUAUCGCGGUAGUUGGUGUUUUAGCGCGUUAUUUACGAAGGAAGAAACGUACUGUAGAUCUGUCUAAGUUUAGGAGAAGCUACCCAAAGCGCCCAAGAAUAUCUGGUGUCAGGAGUCCAAAUGGGGACGUAAUAAGUCAAGCAAGCAGCGGUCGGCGAAGUGCAGCAUACAGCAACAUCUACGGGGACAGACUCACGAGACAGGGAUCGAACAUUAACAGCGAAAGGGCUUCCGUGGCCUCCGGAAGUCUCACCAGCGGCGGUUUGGCCGCCCCAGACCAGACCGCCACUUCGGAACUCACGCCGCAGCAAAUAGGCGUCAUGGCAAUGGAAGCCUUGGAGACGUGCAUAAAUUACUGGGAAGACGCGCUAGCCUUGUACCGGUCGAGAGAUGGCGGAGGAGCUUUGGCAGUGCUGGGACCGGAAGAGGCUAAUUUCUGCAGGGACUUGCAACAUCUCCUAGACGCCGCGAUUGAAUUGCAGGACAAAUCGGAAAUGUUGUUCUUAGAUCAGAGGUCGGUUCUGUUCAGACCCGAGAGUGGCACACACCUUUCGGAAAAUGGAAUUGAUGCGGAUUUGUCGGGCGGAGAGAGCUUUGCUUCAGCUCAGGACGUUGUAGCCGACUUACGGGAAUUCGAGGAAUUCGCUGACUACUUCCCUGACCUAGAGCAAUUUCCUCUAUACCAAACCGCCCUUCGACACCUCGAGAACGGCGGAAUUCCCUGCAGGACCCUCAGAACGGAACUCGUCAAGUGCGGUUCGGACGGAGAAUAUCUCGGCAAACUACACUGUCUACGUCUAGCUUUCCAGAAUAUUCUCAGGGACAGAACCAACUACAUCUGGUUCGCCGACGCCGGCCGCCAAAUCCUGGCCGAUCUGUUGCUCUAUGCGGACAGAGACCCCAAGGACUUCCUCAUCGGUUACGAAGAAAUGCUGAAGUACAUCCAGGAGGGCAACAACUGGCGCGAGGUCGAAGAAGAACUGAGCAUGAAGGGAGUAAAAGCUCUGACCUUUUAUGACGUGGUGAUGGACUACAUCCUCAUGGACGCCUUCGAAGAUUUGGACUCGCCGCCGUCCUCAGUCACUGCCGUGGUACAGAACCGAUGGUUGUCGAACGGUUUUAAGGAAACAGCGUUGACAACGGCCGUUUGGUCGGUUUUGAAAGCGAAACGACGGAUGCUGAAGUUUCCGACUGGGUUCAUGGCGCAUUUUUAUACCAUUUCGGAGCAGCUUUCGCCGCUGCUGGCUUGGGGGUUUUUGGGACCCGACGAACUACUCAGGGAUACUUGUGUAUAUUUUAAGGACCAAGUCAUGGGGUUUUUAGUUGAUAUUUUUAAUUUUCAAAAAUGUAGAUAUACUAAUGUGGAAGAGUUGGCAGAAGAUGUUAUACAAAACCUUAAGAUUAGGAUAGAGAAUAUUAGUCAGAGGUUGAGUGCCCAGUCAUAGUUGUAAUUAAAGUUGUUUUUUAAAGUUUGAAGUGCCCAUUUCGUGGGUAGGUUGCCCCAGAGGUUUUGUAUAUACAGAGUAUGAAAAAUCUGGGGUAGGUUGUAAGAUGUAAAGGAAAAUAAAUUUUACUAGGUGUACAUUCCCGAAUGUAAUCCUAUGAAGUCCAUUGAGUAGUAGGGGCGAAUAUUAAAAGUACGUGUUCAUAUGCGUUUCCACAAAAGCCUGUCUAGUGUAACGUUAUUUUUAUGUACAAUAAAGUAUUGGAAACAUGAAA